AUGUGCCUUAACCGCACAGAACGCCUUGAGCCCUUUUCAAGAGAAUCGUUGCUCGGUUUUCAACAUCUAAACACCGAUCCAAUCACCGGUAUCACUUUAUCAUACACCCACCCCCCCCUUUCACCUCCAACUUCGGCAACAACCCACUUCCACACCCGCCAUCACAGCCUCGGUGCCUUCAGGAAUAUCACAAUGGUUCGUUACGUUUCUCCUUAUGGCCCAAAAUUGAGGCCUUCCUCCUUCAACAUCAUGGGAUACCCAAUCAAGAGCCUCCGGCCCAUUGGCAUUAGUGCUGCAAGCUUCGCAGCCGUUGCUGGAGGAACUGUCAUCUUCAUCCUUGAAGGAGUUCCCCGCGUUCAGAAAGACAUCUUGCAGAAGCUGCCCUUGAUCGGAAGCUACUGGACUGGGCGAGAGAAGCCCGCAUCGGACAACCCGUUCUAAACGAUUUUUAUCGAUCGAUUGUGCCUGUUUUCUUCCUUCAGCGGGCGGCGGGCACAGGGUACCCUCGCAUUCGUGGAUAAAAGCGAGGACCGACGGAUAGCGCGCGAUGUGUAUAAAAGGGCUAGAAUUUAGAGUUCAUUGAAUCCACCAA